UCUUCUCAGUCUCUUUUGCCCAGCCGCCUCCCCCGCACUUUUCAACCUGAGUGGGGGGGGAGGGGGGUGGCAUCCAGCUCGACCAACACUUUUUGCCCGGAUGGAGAUGGACGAACGCUCCAACCAGCUGAACCCCAGGAUGGUAUAGAAUGCCCAUCGUCGACGUAUAGAUGGCGUACGAGCCACCGCAAGCUGGAGAAGUGACGUACAUGACCGGUUGAUCCAGCACAAGGCUACUCGCGGCGACAGAGAGGAACACAGCGCACACGUCGCGACCACGUCGAGCCCAUCAAACCACGGUUGCGUAGGUCGCACGAGCGCUCGGAUCACUCUGUCCAUCCAUGCACGAUCAGUAUUGCCAGAUCCCACCACGAUGGAGGCUAGUCGUGCAGACCUCGUCUCACCCGGUACAGAUCCCUCAUCGUCGCCGAGGGAGCCCGAUCUUCCGUCGAUGACGGCCGCUUCAGCAUCGUCAGCAGCGCUGACACCACAACAGCCCACAGCGACUGCGCCGCCUGUGACCUGGAACGGCCCAAGUCCGACAGCGUUCAGCGAAUUCAUCCACUCGCCACGAUCUUUCAUCCAUCCGUCGUUGUCGUCACCAAGAACUGAUGCUGCUUCACGAAGCUCGCGGCAAAACAGCCCUGCCCUAGGAUCGAACGUCGCGUAUCGCCAGCAGGGAACGAAAGGACGUGCAUUACUUCGUCAUCAGCACAGCUCCAUGGGGCAUACGCGCAGCGAGUUGGAUGUAAGCCCUAAUGCGCAACAGCACUCAGGAGGGAUGGAUCAAGAUGCAGGUGUGGGGAAUACAGACCAGAGCAUGCAGCAUGAUGUGGCGAUGCGAUCGUCAGAUUCGCAAGAAGGAUAUCGAAAUGGCGGGCCGGCCAAUGAUGACAGUAGCAGUAUGGAAGGCGAUGAAGGCGCCAAUUCCAUUCUUUUCUCGCCAGCAGAGGCCAACUUCAUGGCCGAGUCACUGAGCUCGGCGGAUAGGAUGGACCCUUUCGGGCAGAAUGGCUUCGUCGUGCCCGCCAGGCUGCCCCCCCGUCUCGGAUUUGGGAGUGGGACACUCGAUUGCCAAGGGAUGCCCAAAGAGCAACAGCAACGACCGUAUUCACACCAGUCGCAGAUGCAAGUGCCUCCCCAUUCCUCCUCGCACCAACAGUAUUCCCCUCCUCACCAUCACAGUUUGCAGCAAAUAGAGACCAAGUUCGGGGAAGCCUCUACGUCGAAACACCAGCUGACAGGCCGCGAUGCCAGCACCUCUUACCCGGGGAACCGAUUUUCACCAGCACAAGGACAGCGCUCCCUCGAGUCUUUGCGCGCGCAGUGGGCAGCGACGGCACUGCUUGGCGGUCGAUCAUCGUGGGACGUGCAGAUGCAGUCGCGCGCAGCUGUGUACCAGCCUUCGUGGCCAGCCGGACUACCGGGGAGCAGCUCAGCCGCCAGCAUGUCCGGAGACCGAACGCAGCAAAAUGGCAUGGCCUUCGUUGAUCACUUUGGGCCCUCUAGCAGUCUGCGUGAUGUGGCAGAAACCCUGCGGAAACAGAAGGGCGGUAUAGGUGCGCCGCCAGGCAGCACCAUGAUUGCGGAAGGGCCCGAGGCCUCUGGGCUUGCAAAAUCUGGGAAUUCGGAUGCUGGCGGUCUCGUGCCGGACGGAUUCAAUGACAUGCCGUUCCAAGCCAAUCCGCUAGGUCCUCCGGCAGGCAUGACGAACCUGUACAAUCCCAAUGUCGUCCCAUUGAGCGCCGCAGCGCUCGAAGCGCAUCAACAAGUCUUCGGCCCGCUCAAAGUACGCAGGCCACAGUCAGGCAGAGGCACCACAUCAAGCAAGACACUGGCGACUGGGUAUGGCAAUAACCCACAAUGGCAGAUGCAGCAGCUGCAUUUCUUGCAGGAGCAGAGGGAACGCGCGUUGCUACGCAAAGAAAGGGCGGAGCAGGAGGCCAGGGACCAGGCGCGCAUGGCAUCCCUGCAGGGGAAUGUCCCUUCCCUCUCGCAGAUUAGCCAGGCAUUCCCGAGCAAUCAUCAGUUCCCUGGUGGGCAAUCUGGAUCAAAGCACGAGGUUCUGCCGACUGUUCCUCGCCUAGUGUCACCAGGCCAGCAUUACGAUGCCCAGAGGGGUGCAGGACGCAAUGGGCAAACUGGCAGCAAGAGCAAGUCUCCGCCCGCUGGUCAAGGGUCGGCGAUUGUCUUCAAUGCUUCCGGCUGGAAGCCGACAAUCUUCAAUAUCGAGAUCGAUGCGAGUAGAGCAAAAGACAAGAUGCCCGCGCACCUUAUGGAUCUUUUGCUUACGGAUGCGGAGCACAAGAGGCAGCCGCAUCUCCAGCGUCUGCGGGAGCAAAUCGCCUCGGGCGAGAUCGAGGAUCCGCAGAUCAAAGUGAGAGAAAUGGAGGCAGAGAGAGAGUGUGAACGAAAGCGGAAAGAGCCGCAUCAGCUGUUAACGGACGCGGAGAAGAAAGCGAACCACAUUGCGAGCGAGCAGAAACGCAGGGCAAACAUCAAGAAGGGCUAUGAGGGUCUCAACGAGCUUGUGCCUGCGUUGCGCGACGCGCUGGAUAAAGGUGGUGGGAUGGAAUCUGGAAACGCGGGCGGGGACGAUGGGUCCGACGAAUAUGAUAGCGACGAGGCGGACGUCUCGUGCAAGAAGAAGCCAACCAAAAAACAAGGCGCGGAUGAGAAAGCUGAGCCAGGCCGGACAGGCCCGAGGAGCGAGGCGAUUGUACUUCAUCGGACUCUUGAUUAUAUCCGCGACCAGCUCGAGGCGCAUGCACGCCUUUUGGCAAGGCGCAAGCAUGCGAGAGCAUCGUUGGCCGCCCACUACGGCGUCGACAUCCGCGUACCCGCGAAACCUUCCUCCGACUAGCACGCUUCCAUCCGUUUUCCGCCAUCGCACGUAGCGCUUCCCACGAGACUUCUCUAAUCUAACAUCAUUACGUUGUCUUGGGCUAGUCGCAAUAGGUCAAUACUUUGGGCUUGAACUGCGCGUUCCUUGUCUCUGCACGAUUGCUUCUCAGCCUGCCGAGCCACCUGCAUGAUAUCUCCUCACCACCAGUCAGAAUGGUUGACUGUAGAAUGCCCUACUCUUGCACUGUCAGCAAUAACACACACAU